AUUCGUGUGCAGCUUGUAUCCGAACGACCGUAGGCGACUGUGUGUUAGUUUCCGGAAAAUCGAAGGUAGCUCCGCUAAAACCGAUGUCCAUCCCGAGGCUCGAGCUGCAAGCAUGCGUCCUUGGGGCGCGUCUUCUUAAAUUCGUGCAAGACAAUCAUCCGGUCGUGUUCUCCAAGAGAUUCCUUUGGACAGACUCUUCGACAGCAAGAUCUUGGAUACGGUCGGACCCGCGACGCUACAAACCCUUCGUAGCUCAUCGGGUAGGCGAGAUAUUGGAGAUCAAGGAUGUCAGUGAAUGGCGGUGGGUACCGUCCAAACUUAACCCUGCAGAUGAAGCUACUAAGUGGGGCCGAGGACCUUAUUUCCACUCAGAUAGCCAAUGGUUUAACGGGCCGGAUUUCCUGCGACUUCCCGAGGAGAAAUGGCCGCAAAUGACUGGAACGGUGGAGGUGACAACCGAAGAUGCUAGACCUUCGGUGUUGUUUCAUUUCGCGAUGGAAACAGUGCUGGAUUUCGAACGAUUUUCGACCUGGAAGAGGAUGUUACGCACUACGGCUUACGUUCUACGUUUCUUCUUCAACAUCUCUAAACCGGAACAGAAGCGGUGCGGAUCCCUUACACCAUCUGAACUGCUCGACGCUGAACGGACGAUAAUGAAGCUGGUCCAACGAGAAAGCUAUCCAGACGAAACGGCGGUUCUUGAACAGAGAGAUUCUCAACAAAACGGUCAUGGGUCCAUUGAUCGAAACAGCAAGCUGUACCAAUUAAUGCCCGCAGUAGAUGAAAAUGGUUUGCUGAGGCAACAAAGUCGUGUAGCUGCGGCAAAAGAAUUGGAAUUCGAUGCCCGGUUUCCAUUCAUCCUGCCACCAAAGCACCGAGCAGUGAGACUUCUGGUGGAAGAUUAUCAUCGUCGCUAUCGACAUGCGAACAACGAAACCGUCGUUAACGAACUGCGCCAGCGCUUUACCAUCUCGAGUCUACGUCAGCUUGUUAAGUCAGUGGUCUAUAAGUGUCAGCUGUGCAAGAUCCGCAAGGCACGUCCCAGCAAUCCACCGAUGGCGGCACUUCCUCCAGCCCGCCUAGCGAUGCAUUACCGUCCGUUCACCUACGUAGGCCUGGAUUAUUUUGGCCCGUUCCUGACGAAAGUUGGAAGGUCGAACGUGAAGAGAUGGAUCGCCCUCUUUACGUGUCUCACCGUUCGGGCUGUUCAUCUUGAAGAUGCCUAUAGUCUGUCAACGGCUUCUUGUAUCUCCUGUGUACGACGAUUCGUCGGUCGUCGAGGGUCGCCAAUGGAAAUUUUUAGCGACAACGGUACGAACUUCCAAGGUGCGGAACGUAUACUUCGUGAGCAGAUCGACAAAGAGUUGUCUGUGACAUUCACCAGCACAACGACGAAGUGGAGUUUCAUACCUCCCGGGGCUCCACACAUGGGGGGCGCUUGGGAAAGGUUGGUACGGUCUGUCAAGUCGGCUAUGAAGGAUGCAUACAUGGAGGAGAAAUUAAACGAUGAAGAACUUUCAACGCUGGUUGUAGAAGCGGAGAGAACGGGUAAUUCGAGGCCUCUGACAUACUUACCCCUUGACUCCGAGGAGUCAGAAGCUUUAACACCCAAUCACUUCCUUUUGGGAAAUUCUAGUGGAGCGAAGCAGACUGGUGUGGGGAUUAGCGAAUCCCAAAAUAAUUUGCGGGAAACCUGCGGUGGAAUUCAACGGCAACUGGACAAGUUCUGGCAGCGUUUUCUGAUCGAAUAUCUACCGGUCAUCCGUAGGCAACCAAAAUGGUUCACCGAAACCAAACCUUUGCAGGUCGGCGAUCUAGUGCUGGUUGCAGACGGAGGAAAGCGCAACGAAUGGGCCCGAGGCAAAGUGACCCAGGUCUUCCAAGGCUGUGACGGCAAGAUUCGGCAAGCCUUAGUGCGAACGCAACAGGGAACUAUCAGGCGGCCGACAUCAAAACUCGCCGUGCUCGACGUGGAUGCUCGUGCUGUCCCAGGAGACGGUGGGAAGCACUGGGGGGAGGAUGUUGACGGUACCGUCGAGCUGGCCACCCUGUCUCAACCGGUUCUACCGUUCCAAUGAUAAGCUGUCAGCAGCGAUGAUGUGACGUAUAGAAGCUGUAGGAAAAAUGAACAUAACAAACCAAAACAACAGGAGAACUAACGCGUAGUGAAAUAGUCAGAAAAAUAAAGUAUAGUAGCAUUCAGGUGAAAUUUGAUAAAAACUUAUAAUCUAGUUCUAAACCUACUUUCGAACUAGAUAAGGAUCUAGAUUUAACCUAAAAUUCGACGGUGAAUUGAAAGGCCAACCUAUUGAACGGGCCACUGAAAUGUAAGGAAAUGAAAUGAUAAUGCUAUCUGAAAUUAAUGCCAAAUUAAUUUGCAGUUUGAAGCAGUUGAAUAAAACUCGCUACAGGAAUCAGUGCGUUGCCUUUCUUUGCUGUCGUAACACUCCAUAUGAAAAAUCGAGAUGACCAUUUUCAAGUCCCAGAAACAAAAAAAAAAUCGAGUAAACAGUAGACUCGACGUUUCAUGCAAUUUAUAGACAUUUGGCAAUAAUUUUUUUUAUAUAUAAAAAUAUAAAAAUAGAAAAUCAUCAUUUCAGUUAUAGAGAGCCCUUGAAUGAAAUAUCUCUCACAAGACCAUUCGUCGCAAAUGACCAGAUUUGUGGAAUAAUAACACUUAAAUUUUUCACCACGAUAAUGCCAGCUCUACGAUCGAUCAUUGUGAACGAAUUUCUGACCAAAAAUGGCAUGAGUGUGAUCGAACAAGCACCGUACUCUCCAGACCCCGUGUGACUUUUUCUUAUUUCCUAAACUCAAAUAACCGCUUCGUGGGACCAGUUUUCACAGCAUCGAAGACAUAAAUAAUAAAACGCUGCGUGAACUGAAGACAAUUAAUGUAAAUAGCUAUAAAAAAUAUUUCGAUGGCUGGAUUGUUCGUUAGAAAAAGGAUAUUGCUUCAUGUUCAGUAUGAAACGAGCUUAAAACGAGAUUCUGCGUUAUCAUCAGAUUGCUCUCAUGAGUUCCCUAACAAAGAUUGUACGAGAUAAAGGAGAAAUAA